GGGGCAUGGUUCAGGCAGGCUGUGGACAAGCACUCAAGUUGUGAAUUGGAGUAUUGAGAGCUACCUCCCAUGCAAUUUGCAAACAAAAGUCAUUUAACAGACUGCUGCCAGGAGUAUACACUGUAGCAUUCUCCUACAGUCAACUUCCCUGACUAAAAGACCUGACAUCUUAAAAUACAGAAGAGGAGAAGACCAGGGCAAAGCUUGGAAUGGAUCUGAGUCCAGGAAUUCAAAAGAUGUCUGUAAGCCAGCAGCAGUCAGGAAGAGGUGCGCCCUGUUUACGAUGCAGAGGGAUGUGUACAGGCUUUGAGCCACAUUCUUGGAGGAAAAUAUGCAAGUCGUGCAAAUGUAACCAGGAAGAUCACAGCCUCAGCUCUGAUGCAGAAGACGACCGGAAAAUUGGCCGCUUGUUAUCAGAGUCAAAGUACUCUACACUCACCGCCAGGGUGAAAGGUGGGGAUGGAGUUCGUAUCUACAAAAGGAAUCGCAUGAUCAUCACCAACCCUAUUGUGUCUCGGAAAGACCCGACGUUUGACACUAUAACGUAUGAGUGGGCUCCUCCAGGACUGACCCAGAAACUGGCUAUACAGUACAUGGAACUGAUUCCAAAGAAGAUGCAGCCGAUAGCAGGCACAGAAGGAGCAUAUUACCGUCGUAGACAGUUGAUGAGACAGCUUCCUAUUUAUGACCAGGAUCCUUCUCACUGUCGUGGCCUUGCUGAAAAUGAGAUAAAGCUGAUGGAAGACUUUGUAAAGAAAUAUAAAAAUGAUGCUCUGGGAGUUGGUGAAGUUGCACUUCCUGGCCAAGGUGGCAGUGCCAAAGAGGAAGGGAAGCAUCAAGACAAAAAUGCGGGUACAAGUAAGCCAUCUGUUUCAACCAAUGGAGCCCUCAGUGGUCCACCAGCAGAAGCAGAAUAUUGCUGUGAAAUCUGCAAACAGGUGAUGCCUGCAAAUUGCCCUGUGGUGUAUGCUGACAGAGCAGGCUACAGCCACCAAUGGCACCCAGCAUGUUUCAUGUGCUGCAAGUGCUCAGACCCUCUGGUUGACCUGAUCUACUUCUGGAAAAAUGGUGCAGUGUGGUGCGGCCGUCACUACUGUGAGAGCAUAAGGCCACGUUGUGCAGCCUGUGAUGAGAUAAUAUUCUCUGAGGACUACCAGCAAGAGAAUGGGCUGACCUGGCACAAGAAACACUUUACCUGCCUGGAGUGUGAGACGCUGCUGGCUGGCAAAUCUUUCAGCCUGGAUAAAGGAAAGAUUCUCUGUACAACUUGCAGCAAAAGCAAGCAUCCCUAAACACCAAGUAAUGGAAAAAACAAAGUCUGUUCUCCUAGAUUCAAACAAGAAUUAUGUUCAGAAUAGACCCCUGCCUGUUCACUAGCAGGCAACUAGAAACCCCCUUAAAUUGAACAGGUUUGAAGGGAAAAAAAUGACUCUUUUGGGGGGAACAAAAAGCAAAUUCAUAUGCAGGGGAGGGAGGGAAGAAGGGGAAAGAGAUCUUUCGACUCUUACUAGGAAGGAAUAGAACCUAAACCACUGACAUAAGUAGUUUCUGUAGCUUAUCCACAUUGGGUUAAACCUCAUAGUAAGAACAGGUGAGCUAUUUGAACCCAAGAAGUCCUCACCCAGACUUCCAACUGAAAGAUCUUGCUGCAUUCUUUUCUGAAGUAAUAGCUCUCAAAAUUAACAUUUUGGCAUACAAAGCUGGUCAAUUUGGUGUACUGGUUUUCCUCAGUGAGUAGGGGGCAAGACGAUUGUUUCAGUUAUCCUCUAAGAGCCUUGCAUGUCUAAACUAAUGGCAGAGUUGUACAACACUGACUAAUCUAACUAUCUCUUUGAAAUUUGGCUCAAUACAAAUGUUCCUGGCAAUUCUGAAUAUAUAGCAGCACACCCAUAGGCUCAUAUGAUCUUCACUUUGUAUCCACCUGCAAAGCCUUUUACAGCUGGUGGAUCUGUAGGAAGCGGCACUGUUUCCUCUGAUUAGUAACACACUGGUCUCAAAGGCAGGAAAGGCAUUUAAAAUGUGAAUCUCAAACACCAUAUUUUUGGCCUGGAAACAUAUGUUCUCACGAGAAGAGUCUGCCAUACUGUGUCAUAUGUGCUGUGAUGCCAGCCUUUCCCAUAGUGCUUUAAUAUUUCCACAAAACAAUAGAAAAAAAAAACCCUUUCAUUUGUGGUUUUCAGGCUAUGGCUAUCUAUUCACCAAAUACUGGAUUGAAAUCGUCAGCUGAAUUUUCAUCAGAUGAGCCACUGAAUGGCCCCCAAAUUUUUACAACACCAUCCUGUGCUGGAUUACAACCAGCAAUCUGUCAUGUUACCACUCCCUCACAUUCAUCUGACUCUUUCAAUAGACAGAGAAUAGCCAGAUCACUGACAUGUGUAUGUCUAUAUUUGCUUAGUUUCUACAUACCUAAAUUACUUUCUAAAAAGAAGUGGAAUAUAGUUUGCAAAAAUAUUGCAGAAUUAGACAUGUAAUAAGUUAACACUUGCUCACUAACCGUUCUUUGAAAUGUGUAAGAUGCUUGUAUCUCUCCUUUGGAGAGAUUAGGUGCACUCUGAAUAUGGGCAUAACUGCAAUCAUAGUACUACAUAUAAAAAUGAAUCCAAUUUUAAUUGCUAAUUAACUUACAACUUUGAAAGUUAGAUGCACACACCCAGCUCUGAACUUUGCACUUCUUCAGCUGCAUAUUUGAACACACAUGCUGUUUGCAAGUCAACACCCAUAUGUAUAGUACAUUAGUUUGACUUUGAACUCAGCUUCACUUCUGACAUGGAAAAGAUCUGUCAAUUUGAGUGAAUCAGUAGAAGCCAACAUCUGUGGGUAGGGGUAGUUUUUGAAUGGAUUUAUCUAAACAUGAGUCUGUUUGGAGAUAUACAUUAAAAUUCAAAGGGAAAUCUCUUAUGGAUGAUAAUAACUUAUCUAACAUGAUUUUAAUUGGUAUUCCUGGACAUCAUAGGACAUUGAAAUAAAUAAAUUAAAUCCUACCUCCAGGACUAAAACAACAGCAUCAACAAUUCUGAGGUUGUGAUAAGUCUUGGGAGUGAUGAAAAUGUAUUGUCUGUUUGGUAGCUACACAAUGCAUAUUCCUGGGAUUGCCUGUGGCUGUUUUGUCAAUAUGACUCAUCUCUGAUUGUAUCAUGGAUAUUUUGACUAUUUGGGGGUAUCAGUUACUUCUGUGAACUCAGUAGAACGCUAUAAAUCAACAGAUGUGUCAACUCCCAAGUUAUGCUAAGAAUUAUUAAGCCCUGUUUGAAUAGCUUUGGAUACAAGUAGUCAACGUGCUUUGAAUGUUAGCAAUUGUGAAUGAAAAAUAAAACUUGUGGCUUAGUUCUA